GUUUUGGUCACGUGUUAAUUAAUAUUUCUGUGACGUCAAAAGUUAACUGCGUACGUAAUCUGCUGAUGGCGACAAUAUCAGGACUGACAGGAAUUUCAUUUACGUGAUUAUUAGGAAAUGUUUUCUGCUACAGAAUGCACAUUGUGUUUCUGCUGUUCAAUGCAUGCUUGGUAACAUCACAUGAGCAUUUCCAGUCACCUUUCUUUCCUGGAUGUGAAAUUAUUCAUAGCGAAGUCAUCACAUGUACCCGGUUAACCCAACUAGAUCUGCCCAAUCUUGCCAUAUACAUGCAGAUGAGGCUGGCACCAAGAAUUGUCGAUUUCAGACAACUCAACAUGAAUUGCACGUGCACAUUUUUGGACUUGUUGAAACAGAUUGAACAAAAUGGAGGCAUUUUAUUUCAUUAUAUGUCCUGUGAUUCGCGUGUAAUAGAAACAUGUGGAAGAGUCACAAAAGGAGAGUCGAUGUCGCAUCCACCAGUUUAUUCAUUGUAUAUGGGCCAUGUCUUUGAUAUGGCUGCACCUGAUCUCGAUCGAGAGCUGACGCAUGUGUUCGGACGACGAGCCGAUGCUGUCAGAGUUCUGAGACUUGUGUCUAUGAGGGAUGAAUAUCAAAGAGCACUAGAAGAGGCCGUGGCGAGAGCUCGAUCAGGUGCACGUCCUUCACUGCCCCAGUCAGCCGUGUCCAAACUAGACACACAAUUAGCCGAUUCCAAAGUAAUUGUGCAAAAGAAAUCGGCCAAUGUGGUUUUGGAAAGAGAAGUAUUUUAUUUCUGUGUUUUACAUUCAGCUGUGAUGGUGAUCGUUCUUGUAGUUUUGACAUGCCAGUAUUUGUACGAACCUAGACGUGUGUAUGUAGUACAGGAGAAGGUAAUUAGCGAUUCAGAUGUCAGCGGGUCCCUAGAGGAAUUGCCCCCAAAAAUGCCAACCACAGCAGAGACUUUCAUGUUCCUACGGUCCCCUGGCAAACUAUUACCAAAGAUGUCAAAGUUCCCUGGAAGCCCCAGCAAAAAAUCCCAGGACAAGAGAAUGUUCCAAGAAGGCUAUGACAGACAGCCACGAGACAAGCCAAACACCCUAGAAGCCCGUGGCAAACAUUUACCAGAACAGCAAAUGUUCCUGGAAGGCCCUGGCAGACAGCCACGAGACAAGCCAAACACCCAAGAAGCCCGUGGCAAACAUUUACCGGAACAGCCAAUGUUCCUAGAAGGCCCUGGCAGACAGCCACGAGACAAGCCAAACACCCGAGAAGCCCGUGGCAAACAUUUACCAGAACAGCCAAUGUUCCUAGAAGGCCCUGACCGUCGUCUGCAAGGCGAGCCAAGCUUCCUAGAAUUCCCUGCGAAUGAACUACAAGGCAAGCCUAUGUUCUCAGAAGCUUCUGGCAAACAGUUACUAGACAAGCCAGAGUUUGUAAAAUCCCGGGACAAGCUACUGCACAACAAAAAGAAACGGGUCAGUCGUAACAAACAGCAGAAAGAUAGACAGAUGAAUUACGAAGACCUCCUAUAUGAAUCUGAUAGUUUUGUUUCUGUGGCAGACAAACAGGAGAAAGAUGUACGAAGAAUAGUGGAGACCUAUCAAGUAAGGAAGGUUGAGAAAAGUAGACAGCAGAAAGGCACCAGAGGGAAAUCCCUGGCACAGAGACCGACACCGUCGCUACUGCGUAUACCUAAUGAUCACUCCAUGCAGGAGAGUGAUGAGGACACAUAUCCUGAAAACAGAAUUCUCUUUACUACGAAUGCAGCCAAAGUAUCCGAUGGGACGACCCCGGGAACAUCAGGCGAGUGUAGUGCUGAAACCUGUGAACAGUUGAGGAAAAUAGUCUCUGCUUAUGCGCAAAAACAAGUCACAGAUUUGCCUGGCUUGGAGCCGCAUAAUACACAGUCGGCACCUGUUAGAUAUCAACACCAUAAACACAAACACAAACAUAAUCGUCCUAAGAAUCCAGGAAAGAAUAUUAAUAUGUCAAGCAUACCAUGUAGGACAGUGUGUCUCCAAGAGACAUGUAUAACAGAACAUUCUGAGGACAGUGGAACAAAAUCUCAGAAUGAUGAAAAUAAGGAGACAAAGAAAAAGUGUAAAACGCUGAAACCAGCUUCAAAGAAAACACGGUCCACAGUGAAGACAAACAGCUCGAAAUCCUUAAACUCGACUCCAAGGAAUUAAUGGAGUGUAUCUAGUUAACAACAAGUAUAAAAGUAAUGUGUUAUAGCGUACUUUAGUUUCAGUGGAACAUUUAUUAGAUAUUGAGAUGACUGUAAAGAAUUUUAACAGCAACAUUUAGACAGUGUAACACAAUACGGAAAUAAUCCAGAUUUCGAAAUAGUUUUUCUGUAAUAUUUCUUACAUAAAUGUACGUAGUUACAUAAAAGAUAGCCAUUAAUUACGAUCACAACAGCAGCUAGAUAGCAUUUUAACAUUUUAGUCAUAUAUAUUUCUAUUUAGCACAAACAUUUUUAUACCAUACAAUACAGUUCAAAUUCUGUCUGUGAUAUUUAUAACACUUUUACAGUAUAGAAUUUUUUUUAAUUUUCUGUGAUAUUUCGAACAUUUAUACAAUAUAAUUAUGCAAUUUUAUUUAAUUUUUAAUGAUACUUCUUGGUUUUACAUUUUAAUAGUAAGUAUAUGAAUGUAUUAUAUAAGCAGAAUGUGGUUUUAAUUUUUGUCAUAGUUAUGUACAUGUAUGUAUAGGAGUUUGGGGAUGACAAAAUUUGUGUCUUAAGGGGACAGACCCUAGUUUUUAAACACUAAGGCAUAUUUUUCAACCCAUAAAAAUGGACACUUAAGUUUGGUUAAUAUACAAACAUGUAACAAAUUUGGAUACAAUAGAGUGAAACAAGAGUGUGAUG